AUGGGAUUUAAGCAACCAUAUGAUGGAGGCAAUCAAUUCUUUGCUACAAUAAGCAUUGUUGUUACUGCAUAUGAGUGUAAGAAGGAAAUGGUGCUUUCAAAAUUAUAUGCUGACAGCGACUUCACUGACUUCCAUCUGGCAACAUCUGAUGGAUCUGUACCAGUCCACAAGGCAUACAUGGCUGCUCACAGCGACGUGUUUAAAGCUAUGUUGAACAACGAGUGGAAAGAAACAGUCAAUGGUGAAAUAACAAUGAAAGGAGUCACUGUUAAGACACUUCAACAGCUAAAGGAAUACAUGUAUUUGGGCAUAGUGCCUGAGGAUGGACUCCGUCCAUUGCUUUUGAUCGCCAGGUGCUACCUUAUGGAAGAUUUAGAGAAACAUUGCAUUAGAAAGCUAGCUGAGAAUGUUACAGGGGAAAACCUAUUCUCACUUCUUGAAUUUGCAUGUGACAACAAUAUUCCAGAACUAUCAUUUGCUAUGCUAGUGAUGACUGAAAAUGUUGAUAUCAAUAAAGCAGCUGCAAAUUUAACACGUGUUAUGGAUAGUCAAAAGGCAAAAGAAUCUCAAUAG